UUCUUCUGGCUCUUUGAGAGUAAACAUCGGCCUUCUAAUGAUCCCGUAAUACUAUGGAUGUCUGGUGGCCCAGGAGCGUCCUCUACAGGUUAUGGUAACCUGAUGGAACUAGGCCCCUGUCGCAUCGCGCCCGAGGGCGGGUACACCAUCGACAACCCGUACGCUUGGAACACGAAUGCAACCUUGGUCUUUGUCGACCAGCCAGUGAGUGUUGGCUACUCAACAGGAUCCAAGAUACCCAAUGGUCUGCAAGAAGCAUCUCAAAUUAUGGAUCGGUUUCUCCGUCAACUUAUGAUCGCCUUUCCACAGUUUUCAGACCUUGAUUUCUACAUCGCUGGAGAGUCUUACGGUGGGUCGUGGGUGCCGGCUCUGGCCUCAACAAUACUUGACAACCAGGCAAUUUUCCGCAACGAAGACCCCCACAACCUCGGCAAUCAUUCGUCAAUCCGACUAUCUUUGCGGGCCCCGCGCAUCAACUUGAAGGGGAUUCUCAUCGGCAACGGACUGGUGCGACUUCGCGUUCAGAAUCCAGGAACUUUCGAAGCGCUUUGCUCUGGACCUGAUAGCCUUCUCAGCGCCUCACAGUGUAUCGAAUGGGCUCCAUUGAACCUAUGGUGUGAGCAAAACUUGGGUGUCUGUGAAGGGACGCGCGAUGAUGAAGGAUGGACAUCCCGAGCGUGUAUCGAAACUCAUGAAAAGUGCUCCUCCAUGAGUGGUUAUGUGGUUGAGAGCAUGAAGCGAAACCCUUACGACUGGAGACGAAGUUGCGGUGACGGCCCUUCGGAAGAGUGCUACGCUGAGCUGGGCCAUAUCGACGCCCUAUUGAACCAGACCAAGGUCAAGGCUGCUCUUGGAGUUGACGAGGAUGCCUCAUUUGAUGGAAUCUCGUAUGAAGUCCUUCAGCAGUGGGAGAGCGUGGGUGACUUGUGGAAGUCCAGCGACGGGUACGUUAAUAGGCUUCUAAAUGAGGGCAUUCGCGCUCUCGUAUACGUGGGUGACAAGGAUUUAUACUGCAACGCAGCUGGAAUGCGACGACUAGUCAACGAAGGGCUUGCUUGGCAUGGCCACCCCUUCUUCCGCUUUCGAGAGAUGAUACCUUGGUACCAUGAGGCUAAACAAGCUGGAAGGUGGAAGUCUUACAAAGAACUUACCUACGCCGAGAUUUUCAACUCUGGUCACUUGGCUCCGUUCGACAUGCCAGCUGAGUCUGCCUCACUCGUCAUUUCUUGGCUUCGAGAUGGACACCCGCCGGUGCAGUAA